CUCGGCAGCUGGUAGGGUCUGGGAGAGAGGAUCUCGCGAGUCUUGGAGUUUUGGUGAGAGUUUGUGAAAGAUGGCGCCUGUUGUGACAGGGAAGUUUGGGGAGCGCCCUCAACCACAGCGCCUGACAAGAGAAGCCAUGCGGAAUUACCUGAAGGAACGAGGAGACCAAACUGUGCUCAUCCUACACGCUAAAGUUGCACAGAAAUCGUACGGCAAUGAAAAAAGGUUUUUCUGUCCUCCUCCAUGUGUUUAUCUGAUGGGCUGUGGAUGGAAGAAGAAGAGAGAGCAAAUGGAGCGAGACGGCUGCACGGAGCAGGAGUCCCAGCCCUGUGCCUUCAUUGGCAUCGGCAACAGCGACCAGGAGAUGCAGCAGCUAAACUUGGAGGGGAAGAACUAUUGCACAGCAAAAACAUUGUACAUCUCAGACUCAGACAAACGCAAGCACUUCAUGCUGUCGGUGAAGAUGUUUUACGGGAAUAGCACAGACAUCGGAGUCUUCCUCAGCAAGAGGAUCAAAGUCAUCUCCAAACCCUCCAAAAAAAAACAGUCCCUCAAGAACGCCGACCUCUGUAUAGCGUCAGGAACAAAAGUGGCACUGUUUAAUCGGCUUCGCUCUCAGACAGUCAGUACACGUUACCUGCAUGUAGAGGGAGGAAACUUUCAUGCCAGUUCACAGCAGUGGGGAGCCUUCUACAUCCACCUCUUGGAUGACGAGGAGUCAGAGGGGGAGGAGUUCACUGUGCGAGACGGCUACAUUCACUAUGGCCAAACUGUCAAACUCGUGUGCUCUGUGACGGGGAUGGCUCUGCCUAGACUGAUCAUCCGUAAGGUGGAUAAGCAGACCGCCUUGCUGGAUGCAGAUGACCCAGUCUCUCAGCUGCAUAAGUGUGCCUUUUACCUGAAGGAUACGGAGAGGAUGUACCUGUGCCUUUCUCAAGAGAGGAUCAUCCAAUUUCAAGCCACUCCAUGCCCAAAGGAACCAAAUAAAGAGAUGAUUAAUGACGGUGCCUCCUGGACAAUCAUCAGCACUGAUAAAGCAGAAUACACCUUCUAUGAGGGCAUGGGCCCUGUACACACACCCGUAACACCUGUGCCUGUGGUCGAGAGCUUACAGUUAAAUGGUGGUGGAGAUGUAGCAAUGCUGGAGCUAACAGGACAAAACUUUACUCCAAAUCUGCGGGUGUGGUUUGGUGAUGUCGAGGCUGAGACCAUGUACAGGUGCGGAGAAAGCAUGCUCUGUGUAGUUCCUGACAUCUCGGCGUUCCGUGAGGGUUGGCGAUGGGUGCGGCAGCCGGUGCAGGUCCCAGUAACGCUGGUCAGAAAUGACGGUAUCAUCUAUUCCACAACGCUCACGUUCACGUACACGCCCGAACCUGGCCCACGUCCACACUGCAGCGCAGCCGGAGCUAUCCUUCGAACGGGCAACACCGGUUUGCUUUCAACGACCGGUAACAGCGUGGGAGGGAAUGGAGAAACAGCACCUUACGGCACCAACAGCACGACUAACGCUGUCACAGCGUCAUCGUCUAAUGCAUCCGCAGCUUUGGUGUUAUAACACAUGCAGCAAUGCUAACAAACUUGCAACAUCCUAUGUGUGAAAAAAAUUACUACAUUACAAACUGUUUGAAAAAGUGCUGCAUAUUGAUUUUAAGAAUAACAUCCCUGGACAGAGGAGACGGAAAUCAAGGAUUUUGCUAAUUUAAGGGGGAAAACCUGUGGCAAGGACAAAAUAUUUGAUAUAUGGUUCUCCUGCGCCCUCUAUUGGAUUUCUCCAAGGAGCCGGACUGGUGCUAGCAAUACAGUAGACAAUGCCUGAGUACAAACUCAUAAUUGGCAGAACACCAGCACCUAUUAAAAGGUGCAGAAGAGACCACAGCAAUGAUACAUCAGCAAUGUAAAAAAACAAAACAAAAAAAAAAAAUGCAUCAAUUGACAUUCUGUUUCUUCCCUUCCGUUUAGUCUCUUGUUUCUUCCUUCUGGUCUGAAUGUGUGAUUGGGCGAGAUGUAUCAUAGCCUGGAAGGUUUAAACUCUUCGAAAAAGGGUCACAUUUAAAUUGUGAAAAUAACAGUUUUUAUGGACCAAGGAUAUUGUAUAAGCUUUUGUGAAGGUACAUUUUUCUCCAUACCCUUUUUUUUUAUAUCAAACAAAUAGUACGCUUUUGUUACCAAAUAGGUUCUAUUCUUCCUGAGGUUUCACCUUUUUGUUGUUUGUCCAUUUGACUUUUGUACAUAGCUACUUUCAUGUAGUUUGACAAACAUCUGUUUGCUCAGACUUCGGUUUUGAUACUUUGUAUUUUUCUAAUAUCGUUUUUUCCUCUCUCUCUCAGUUCGGUAUAGUUGUUUUAAUUCUGCAUUUGGGAGAAGCUCAGAGGGCCUAUUUUUAUCAUUCGUGUUUUUUUUUUUUUAAGUCUUUAAAAAGAAAGAGCUUUAAGCAAUGCCUCUGCCUUGCCUGCAUUACAUUAUGCGCUAUGCUUCCUUUAAGCAUUUCAUCGACAUCUCACAAAAGGAACAAUGCCAUCUUCCUAUGUCUUAUUUGGGAAUCUAAACCAGAAACCAUGUGAUAUACUGUAUAAUAUAGAUGCCUAUUAUAGGUUUUUAAUGCCUCGUCAAAACGGUAGCCAUAGUGUAGUACAUCUUGUAUGUUCUAGAGCACACGUAGGUUGUCGCAUAUCAAUAAUCAAAAAAAUGCGCAGCAGUUGGAUGUUUUUAAUAUGAAAGUUCUUACGAGAGUUAAGACUCCUACCAUGAUCCAUUUAAGUGAUGUUUUUUAAUGUUUCUUUUGUAAAAAUCCAUUUUUUUGUCUUCCAAACUUCCAUUUGCAUUUUGUAAAAUUGUCUAAAAAAAAAAAAAAUGAGUGAUUUGGAGAUAUACUCUACCAUUAGAUGUGGCCUUACUGUAAGGGUUCCAGGUUCAGUUCACCCCUUUAAAAAGGAGGUUGUCGAACAUGACCGGUGGAACCAAGCCUUGCAUUUUGAACAUUUUACAUGGGAUUUUUGAUAUUUAAACGUUGCUCCCUAAACGUUCUUUCCUUUUCGUUCAGAUUGAAAAGAUUUAAAUGUGUUCUAGAAAUGAACAUACCCAAAGAUAUUAUAUUGCAUUGUUGUCUCUCUCUUUUUUUAUAUAUAUUUGAGGAGUAUUUAGGGAUUCGUGGCCUCUCGCUAUCCAAACGUAGGAAGCUUUACUCCGUUGGUCAUUUGAUUUGUUUAUCGUGGCCUUGGUGAGUGUAGUAUUAAUGGCAAAAAGAAAACUAGCCCUAAUUAACUCAUCAACCAGCACUAAUCGUGUUUUGUGACUUUCUUUUUUCUGUACAGUAAUUUAACUUUUGAAUUGUAUGUCUACUUGUAAAAAAAAAAAGAAAGAAAGAAGAAAAAGCUAAAACCUAAAGUUUACUUCAGUUUUGACGCGAACGCUUAGCAUUUGCGUAGUCGAAUGCGAACCUUUCUAAAUAUACUUCAUUUGACUGCACGCACAUACACAGGUGGUUAGCGCAUGUUCACUACGACUGCAGUGAGAUACUACACUAUUUUUCCUCAGUAGUUUAGACACACAAAGAUGUCUUCAUAUAACUUCAGACUCGAGUUUUACAAAUGCAGGUCUCUCCAGACCUCCUAACACACGCGUUUACUGUUGUCGUUUCCAGCUUAAUCUCCUGUUGUUUAGCGGUGAUUACAUCUUCUUCAACGGCUCAAAUACUGUCAUUCCAGGCGCAUUCAAAGACGCGGUUUCAAAAAGCGGGCUGCGCGCGUUUAGUGCUGGAACACAAUGCUGAUGACGAAAUUUGCGUCACGCAUCCUGCGCGCUGAGUCGCGCUGGAUUCACACAUCCUCCGUUAGCGAUGUGCGAGUGGCGCGUUUUCCUUUCGGCGCCCAUAUUAACAGAUUACACCGUUUAUAAUGCAAGCAUGAGUCACGAGGUGACACAUCCCAAAAGCAUCCCCAGGGAUUGAUUACCGACUGGGCCAAUGGGGCCAGUGCCCAGGGAAACUUUUGGGUGGGCCUCAAUAAAAAUUAAUGGGCCAUUUUUUUUAAAUCCAAAUUUUCGUUUACAAGAGAGAAGCGGCACAUUCAAACAGUUCUUUCACAUUUUCAGAAAUCAGAAUUUGUUACAUUUUUGCAAAUUAUUUUAGAAAUAUAUAUUUGAAGUCAAAGAAUAAUCUCUAAUAUUCUGGGUGGGCCUGGGUCCAAUUUGGGUGAGCACAGGCCCACCCUUGGCUACGCCGCUUAGCUCAACAGCUCCGGUUGCAGUACAACACUAAAAUAAUCAGGAGAUUUUAGAAAAGACACAAAAGCAAUUGAAACGUAUUCAAACCGAACCUAUAGUACACUUCAGUUCAUAUGUCUUCAUGCAAGUAAACUGAAUAAAAUAACUUGAUAAAGGAAAUAAUUAAUAAACUGCCAGACCGUUUACUAAUCAAUGUGUAUUGGUGAAUAGUAUAGAUGGCAUUAACCAAUCACAACCAAGUGUGCUGAUAAAGAUGAAGUGCACGUGACCGCCCGCUGUUGUCCUUGAAGCAGCAAUGUCCUUAUUAAAGAAAAAGCUUGGUGUAGGACCCCAUAGAUAACUUUAUUUUCUGCGCUGAUGUUUCUCAAUGUGAACGUCCAAUGUGACUGCGUCGCUCACGGAGUAUGUGUGAACCCGGCGUCAGCGUUCACGUCAGACUGAAGUAUACUUUGGGCUUAAAAGAAAGAAAAACCACCUUCAGCUAUUUUGUUAUUCUUUUGUUUCUAUGGCUCUUAACACAGUUAUGUCCUGUCGGUGUAUCCUGUCAAAACAGUUGGGUGUUUAGUGUCCAAAUUUGUUUGAACUUUUAUAUGUUACUGUCCUGAUAGUGAACAGACAUCGCUGGACUAGAAACAUGGAAGUUACUGGCCUUUAAAUGUGUCUCUCUCUCAAAGAUGUAAGCAUACAGCAAUACUGUAUAGGUCACUUUGUGUGUCUUGGUGUGUGGAAAUAGCCACUGAUUUUCACCAGCCUGAUCCAUAGUUUAUGUGGUCAUGAAGAACAGCUGGCUCAACUGGAGUCAUAUUCACGUUCUUUUACACCUUGUUCAUACUAAUUUAAUCGACACCUUUUUUUGACCUUUCUUGGUAGAUUUUUAGAUUUGUGUGGAUACUACAGUGUCUUCCUAACUUGGAAAAUCUGUAGUGUAGUACAUGUCGUUGACCUGUCAAAAAGGCAAUACUCCAGCAUUGUAUGUAGUAUAUUUUGGGGAAAAACUGUAACUUGAAUGUUUUUUGCAAAAAAGUUCACUUAUUGCCUCCACUAGUUUUUUUUAUACCCCUCUUCUGCUAAAAAUGUCUUUAUCCUUUGGCAUCCCAAAAAUCUUCCAUGAGGUAGUUUCACUUCUGAAUUCUUGAAGAUGCCCUAAAACUCUUGCACUCGGUUUGCCAGAAUUUUUUGCAUAACAAACCAUACUUGACUUUUAUUUGAUCAUAUACUUGCAAUAUCAAUUGCACACUUCCAUUUCGGGGAAAGAAUGGACACAUGUAUGCAUACGUUUUCCCAUUAUAGGUCAUUUGUCAGCGAUGUUGAACUCCCACAAUAAACAGUCCGUUUUAGUUCCUCACAUUUGAUAUUGUCUAAUAGUUUUUUGUGGAGGAAAAAGUGUCAUUGUGAGAGCUUACCAUACAAUGUGGUAUUGUAUUUUUCUAUUGUUUUAUUUUUGUAAUUAUUUUUAAAAUGCUUCCCUUGAUUUAAAUGGUUUCCCCACCCCAAAAAGAAAGAAAAAUUGCUUUAAGCCAGUCCGCCUUGAAACGUGACAGCAUUGUUGAAACAAUUCCUACAUGAACUAAAGAAAGCUGUUUGCCAUUUAAGACCCAUUUAUCCACUUUGACUUUAUCAUGUGUUUUUGUUUGCACAGCACAAUAUAUCGUCAUUUACACAUUUAUUUUUAAACCAUUGGUCACUCUGAAUGCUGCCUAUGUUCCACAUUUUGUUUACAUUGUGGUUUUUGCUCUCUGAACAAACCAAUAGACAAUCUUGCUGUUUUCACUGUUUACAUUGAUUUGUUUUUAAGGUGUUGAGCUUUAGAAUGAAGGAUCUGUUCAAUCCCCUGUCUGAAUCUGACAUUGUUAAACUUUGUAUUUAAAGUGACUGGAUGACACAUUUUUAGUUCUAAUUCUAGUUAUUUUCAGUCAAUCAUUAAAUCAGUUGAAGAGGUCAAACAUUGUUUUUAAUUUAGUGUCAGAGGCGUGUAUAUAUGGAUUAUGUACCGAGCCUUAAAAACGCAUUUAAUGGCAAACCUGAGUAAACAAAUAAUCUGUUUUAUAUUUCCAAGUGUGUGAUCGAUUUUCAGAGUCAGCUGGCAUCAUUUCUGUGUUUCUGCUGUUUAUAUCUUUCAUUGAUCUCUGCUUUUCCAAAAACUUUUUUUUCUUUCUUUUUUUCUAAAUGAGCUCUGAUCAGUGUAAAAGUGAUGAUGGGUGUAUGUCGUCUAAUAUGCCAAAUGUCUUCGACUUUCAAAGUUUCAAAGAUAUUGCAAUAGUUAUGAUGGAAAGAGAAUGGGGGGAAAAUAAAGGCUUACACCACGCCAUAGUAAAACAUACUGGUCAUUGUAAUACGUACUCUUUUACAGAAUUGAAUGUUGUGUUCAUAUCUAACGACUAAAUAGCAAGAGCUUGAAUUGGCCAUAAUGUUAUCUUGCUUUGCCAAAAAUUUAAAUUAGGCCACCAUGAUUUCUGUUGCCAUCAAGAUGGUACAGAGUUACCACAUCAUUGCAAAGUAAUACAACUGUAGUCUCUUGCCACAAUUUUUGCACUUGGAGUAAACCACAUUUGUCACAUUUGACUAGUUGCUUAGAAAAUUUAAAGUACACUUUUCAUGUACAGAAAUUCUGGUGUGCCUAAUUUGAUGCUCUGUGCUUGGCUUUAUGUGUGCAGUUCCUCCUCCACCGUUCUUACUCAUCCUCUUGCUAUCAGAUGUGUAUGACUUUUGCUGAACACAAAGAUUUUUAGAAAAUAUAUCGGCACUGUAGGUCCAUAAAAUUCAUGUAAAUGGUGGCCAGAAUUUCAGAGAGAAAGUGAAAAUGGAGAUUUAUAGUAAAAAGAACUUCAAUAUAGAUCUGUUUCUCACCCACACCCAUCAUGUCAUUUCUGAAGACACUGAUUAAACCACUGGAGUCGUCUAGAUCACUUUUAUGCUGCCUUGAUGUGCUUUUUGGUCAAAGUUCUGGUCACCAUUCACUUGCAUUAAACAGACCUAUAGAGCUGAGAUAUUCUUCUAAAAAUCUUUAUUUGUGUUCUGCAGAAGAAAGAAUGUCAUACACAUUUGGGAUGGCGUAAGGGUGAGGAUAUGAUGAGAGAAUUUUCCCUUUAAAUUUUCACUUCCUGUUUGUCUGUAAGUCAGUCUUCUGUUUGUUUUUCUUUUGCUCUUUUUCCUUCUCAGUCUGUUGUAGUUAUACUAUUCAGAGGUAUCAGUAUGGUAGCAAUCUCAGUCCUUCAUUUGCGCUGAUGUUAGGAUCAUAUGCCCUGCGUGAAGCAAGGGGGCAGUUUAAAAAAAACAAACAGUUCUUUUCAUUUGUCUGUUUGAUUGAUUUUGUACAUAUUGCACCUGCUCAGUGCCAUAUGUCAUGAAAUAAUAAAAUUGCAAUAU